AUCCAUUCCUCAAUCAAUCGAUUCCACAAUCACUAGCGUUACCACACAACUAAUCUUCAUCAUUAGCUCCCGUCGCUCUUUGUCGUUCAUACAUCGAUAUCGAAUUUAUCAAUAUUUGAUAAUGGGCUCCCUACUUUGUUACCGGUGGUUAAAGUCACCAUAUCGUGGCCACUAUCACGAAGCAUUUGGGAUGGUGGCGAUUGGAGUAAUGAUGAUCAUGUUGAUUGCAGGGCCCCAGCAGGCUAUUGCGGCACAGAAUUUCUUUCAGGACGUAGACAUCACGUGGGGCGGCGGCCGUGGCAAGAUCCUCGACGGAGGCAACAUGAUCUCUCUUUCUCUUGACAGGGACUCCGGCUCGGGGUUCCAGUCCAAACUCGACUACAUGUACGCCAGAAUCGACACCCAGAUCAAGCUCGUCCCCGGGAACUCCGCCGGCACCGUCGUCGCUUACUACAUGUCGUCGCAAGGCCCCGUCCACGACGAAAUCGACUUCGAGUUUCUGGGCAACGUGAGCGGACAACCCUAUAUACUUCACACGAACGUGUACACGCACGGACAGGGCAGCAGGGAGAUGCAGUUCUACCUCUGGUUCGACCCUACGCGAAACUUCCACACCUACACCAUCAUCUGGAAGCCCCAACACAUCAUCUUCAUGGUGGACGAAAUUCCAAUCAGGGUGUUCAAGAACCUUGUGAAGUACGGGAUCCCCUACCCAAGGAAGCAGCCCAUGAAGCUGUACAGCAGCCUGUGGGACGCCGAGGAUUGGGCCACGAGAGGUGGGCUCGUGAAGACCGACUGGACCAUGGCCCCGUUCACGGCCUACUUCCGCAACCUGGCGGCCCAUCAGUACAAGAACUUCACCCACAACGGGAGAGGGUCCUUCAGGCAAUUGGGCCACGAUGACUUGGGCCCCUACGCCAGGAAGAGGCUGAGGUGGGCCCAGAUGCACUUCAUGAUCUAUGACUACUGCACCGACUUCAACCGGUUCCCGCAAGGCCCACCUCCCGAGUGCAAACACGCCCGGAUUUGAUCCAUCUUUCUUCUUAGCAAUUGUUACAUCGUUUUUUCAUACAUUUUUCGGUGUAUUGUCGACGCAUUUAUCGUUCGACAACAAUGACUGACCUCAAUAACGUUGUUGUUUUUUUGUCUAGUUAGUCUGGUUAUAGUUUUAUAAAUUUAUUCCGAUCCCGAGUGAUCAUCAAUUGUUGCACCGAUCAAUUAAUGUUGUUGUUCUUCUUCAUCGCCAUCGUCAGUGUCUUGAUCUGGAGUCGUAGAAAUUCAUGUUAUUUGAUUCAAAAUAGAUAAUUUGAUCCUAUGUAAAAUUUAGUUCUCGAGUAAUCAAAAACCACAUAUGUGCCGGUUUUGAUUGCUGAAAUGGGACGAAUUCGUGGAAAAAAAAACCGAGCAAUUCGAAGUAUUAAACGAACCGAAAUCCGCUCUAACUAAACUUGGAAAAAUGAA